CUCUCCAUGCAGCUCUAUUCAGCGUUUUUAAUUUAAGCCUGAAGCAAAAGAAAGCAAACAAGAGCCAUCAUGGUUGAAUGGACUGAACAGGAGCGCAACAUCAUCACCUCCAUCUUUUCCAACUUGGACUAUGACGAUGUGGGCCCCAAGGCUCUCAGCAGGUGCCUGAUCGUUUACCCCUGGACUCAGAGGUACUUCGCCAGCUUUGGCAACCUCUACAACGCUGAUGCCAUUAAGACCAACCCAAACAUCCAGGCCCACGGCACCAGGGUGUUGCACGGACUGGACCGCGCUGUCAAGAACAUGGACAACAUCAAGGGCACCUAUGCCGAACUCAGUGUGCUGCACUCCGAGAAGCUGCACGUUGACCCCGACAACUUCAAGCUGCUGGCUGACUGUUUGACCAUCGUCAUCGCCGCCAAGAUGGGUUCUGGUUUCACCCCAGAGAUGCAGGCGACCUUCCAGAAGUUCCUGGCCGUGGUGGUGUCCGCUCUGGGAAGGCAGUACCACUAAAGACCCAGCAGCCUUCACUCCUGGGGAGCAGAACCUCUGUUCCACAUGUUGCAUCUCUCCCCUGUGAAGAAAUAAAAGUCCACAUAAAGCUAAA